UUGCCAAAGCCAGGCAUCUUGGUUCUCCAUAGGGUAAGCUCAUAGAGGCAUACAGUUCCUGGCAAAAACUAUGAAUUGGAGGUGCUCAUGGAAAAUGGAUCCUGUGCUACUCUUGGUCCUCCUCUUCCUCCUGCUUCUGGGACCCUCCCAUUCCCAGUCUCCCUGUGAGACUCAAAAAGGGGCUAGCAAGAUGGAAACUAACUGUGAAUCCCUUGGUCUGAAGUCUGUACCACUAAAGCUAUCCCCAGACACUGCCAUCCUCUUCCUUCAGAAUAAUGGCCUGAAAUCCUUCUCCACUUCUUCUCUCAGUUUUCUAACCCAACUCACUGAACUCUACAUAGCUAAAAAUAAUAUGAGUGUCCUGAUAGCAGAUGGGAAGCUUCCACUCCUCUCAAUCCUGGAUCUCUCUGAUAAUUGCCUAAAGACCCUGCCUUCACUAGGGCAUUUCCUCCCUUCUCUUACCUCUCUUGAUCUCUCCAGAAAUGCCCUAGAGUCCCUGUCUCCAGGUCUCCUGGCUGGCCUGAAUUCGUUAGAGAACCUCUACCUUGGAGGCAACAAGCUGAGGAGUCUGCCCCCAGACUUUCUGAAAGCAGCAUUCAAACUCCAGAAGCUGGAUCUAGCAAAAAAUCGCCUGGAACAUCUAUCAGUCGACCUGUUGGCAGACCUCGGCAAUCUAAACACCCUCUUCCUACAGGAUAACCAGCUCUCUGUCCUUCCUUUUGGCUUCUUCAAGGAUCAUCUCCUACCUUACGUCUUCCUCCAUUCCAAUCCGUGGAACUGUAACUGUGAACUUCAAUAUCUACGUCACUGGCUACUGGAAAAUCAGGGUAAUGUCUACCUUUGGAAGGAAGGUGUGGAUGUCAAAGUCAUGACUCCAGAUGUGAAGAGUGUCCAGUGUGAGGUUCCAAAGGGAACACCUGUCUACAGUUUCUCUGCAAAUUGUCCCAUCACUGGGGAUGAAGAUUAUGACAGCUACUAUGGGCAAGAUGAGGUAACUGUGCAAGGGGUCUUAAAUUCUGAAACUACUACUAUUCCAACCACCAUAUCUCUGGAGCAUUCCACAGUCCUUAGUAGCUCAAAACUCACCACGACAGAACUCACCACUUUCCCAAUAACCCCAGAAAAAAACACAUUCCCAACUACCAGAAAGUCCAUCAUAUUCCUUAACAGCCCAGAAACAACUGGGCUCCCAACUAUGUCGGAACUUACUAGGUUCCUGAACUCAGAAGUUACUACAUUUCACAUCACUCCAGAAAAUACCAUACUCCCAACUACCCAAGGGGUCGUCACAUUCCUCAACAGCUCAGAAACUACUACUAUGUUCCCAACAAUGCCAAAACUCACUAGAUUUCUGAUCUCCCCAAAAGGUACCACACUUCAGCUCACCCCAGAAAAUGCCAUAUUCCCACCUACCAGAUCCACCAUAUUCCCUAACAGCCCAGAAACUACUCAGUUCCCAACAAUGCCAAAACUCACUAGGCUCCUGAUCUCCCCAGAAGCUACCACAUUGCAGAUCACCCCAGAACCCACUGCAUUUUCAGAGAAUCUGGAAACAACUAGGUUCCAGACUUCUCCAGAAACCACCACAUUUCCAGUAACCGCAGAAACUACCAUGUUGCAAAUAACCUCAGAAUUUGUCACAUUUCCAAUCAUAGAUUCCAUUGUAGAUCCUUCUAUGUCUGUUACCCCCCCCAGUCUUUUUUCAACUUUAAUCCUCCCAAAAUCCAACAUUCUGCCACCAAAUGAAGCUGUGACUCUAGGAAGCUUAGGUGAUCCUAGCAAUUCCUCCUCCCCCAUUUCCAUCUCCUGCUGCCUUCUGUCUCUGAGAUUCUACAUCUUUGGAACAGCUUGGGUUCUUGUCUCUUCCAUUGUUCUCAUUCUCUUCUUAGCUCUAGCUCAGCCCCCACUUCAUCUGCUAAGGACCCGUACCUUUAUGGAGGACAUCCCCAAUCCAAGGGCCACUGUCCACCUCGAACUCCCUAAGGGGAAGGAAGUGAUAGUCCAUAGAGCUUGGCUUCUCUUUCUUGGAGGAUCAAUACCUUCCUUCCGCACUAGACUCUUUCUGUGGGUACGGUCCAAUGGCAGAGUGGGACCUCUAACUCUGAAGAGGAAGCCAUCUGCCAUAAGCCUGGGUCGAGGAGAAGACUUGCUGGGGUCCGUUAGCAUCAGGUAUUCAGGCCACAGCCUCUGAGCCACAUAGCCACCUAUAAACAUGCUCAGGUUCCUAGACAGAACCUAGGUUCUGAAUGACUUGGGAAAGAUCAGUGUAGAUAUGACAGGUUCUUCUGAAAUCUAGGGGCAGAGUCUGAAUCCACAAUAAAAAUUUCUUCUAGUAAUCAGUUCUUAUUGUAUACAUUGGGUGGGGAUGAGGGGGAAGAAAUUGAGGGGUGAGGUAUGCUGGUAGAGGUUUAUUUUGCCACCUUCCUCUCCCUCACCAUAAAUUUUGAUUUUGAAGUGGUGGUGGGACACUUAAGAAAUAUCUUGAAAAACAGUUGGAGG